GCCCCGCCCCCCGCCAGCUAGACCUACUCCCUGCAACCCUAAAAUGCCCGGGGGAGGGGCCAGGCCGAGGGGGAGGCACCGUCAAGGUCACCUUCCUUCUCCAGUACCAGCAGGACUGAGUGAUUACAUCUAUUUGGAGUAGGGGAAGCGGUGAAUUGGAGGGGAGGAGCUGACCCAGGUCAACAGUCCCUAAGCCCUCUCCACACCUCCUCACCUGUGGUCUUUAAUAAUGGUCUCCGCACUGAGGCUCCUACCGUCCCCCGGGCCCCAUUUAUUCUCUCCACCCGGGCCUCCCCAGCGCCUCGCCGGGGCGGGUACCGCGCUGGCCGCACCCUCCGCACAGUCCGCCCCGCCCACCUCCUCCGAUGAGGAAACUGAGACCCAGAAAGGUGGAAGCAGUUGUCUAAGGUCACGCCUCCCGGAAGCAGCGUGUCCACGACUCCAGUCCAAGUGGUCAGGCUCCAGAGCCCACAGUCCCAGCUGCACCUUACCUGCUUCCCAGGGGUCCAUGAUGCCGAGCUGCAAUCGUUCCUGCAGCUGCAGCCGCGGCCCCAACGUGGAGGAUGGCAAGUGGUAUGGGGUCCGCUCCUACCUGCACCUCUUCUAUGAGGACUGUGCAGGCACUGCUCUCAGCGACGACCCUGAGGGACCUCCGGUCCUGUGCCCCCGCCGGCCCUGGCCCUCACUGUGUUGGAAGAUCAGCCUGUCCUCGGGGACCCUGCUUCUGCUGCUGGGUGUGGCGGCUCUGACCACUGGCUAUGCAGUGCCCCCCAAGCUGGAGGGCAUUGGUGAGGGUGAGUUCCUGGUGUUGGAUCAGCGGGCAGCCGACUACAACCAGGCCCUGGGCACCUGUCGCCUGGCAGGCACAGCGCUCUGUGUGGCGGCUGGAGUUCUGCUCGCCAUCUGCCUCUUCUGGGCUAUGAUGGGCUGGCUGAGCCAGGACACCAAGGCAGAGCCCUUUGACCCUGAAGCCGACAGCCACGUGGAGGUUUUCGGGUAUGAGCCAGAGCAGCAGUUGUCACCCAUCUUCCGCAAUGCCAGUGGCCAAUCAUGGUUCUCGCCACCUGCCAGCCCCUUUGGGCAAUCUUCUGUGCAGACUAUCCAGCCCAAGAGGGACUUUUGAGCUGCCCACAUGGCCUAAGGAGGAGCCAGAUGUGGGUCCUGGAUCCUUCCCCCUUCUCACCACAACCCCCUCUCAGUGUUUCCCCAACUUCUCCCUUUCAGCAGGGUCCCUUUAGAGCCCAACUCCAGGUCAAAUCUGGAGCUCAAAUCCCAGUGCUCCCUCUCCAGGGGUGGGGCCCCAACUCUUCUAAGAUGCCAUCAUUCCCCAAGUCCUCCCAAAACUUCCUACCCACACCCUCUUCCCAAGGCCCUCAAGGGCAGAAAACAUCACCUUCAACCCGUCCCCACUCCUUCCUCUGCAUGACCUUGGGCAAGCCCCUUGCCCUUUCAAGCCAUCAGCUCCUGCCUCUCUGCCAUGAGGGCUUUGGAUCAGAUUCCUCUUCUCGCCAGGAUAAGGACACGCACUGCCCUCCACAGACACAGAUGAAGGGGUGGGGGUCAUUCAGCUCGAAUGGGUCCCAGAUUCUCACUUGGACUUUCCCUGCAGGAUGAGUGAAGACGUUUGCCUCUCAAAGUGUGUCUUCUACCUGCAUUUUGGCAUCAGAGCCCCCUAGUCCACCCACCAUAGGCAAUUACUAGCCCUAGUUGAUAGGUGAGGUGGGUGAAGGAGGCUGGAGGUGACAUGUCCAAGGUCACACAACAAAGCAGCAUGCAGGAACUAGAAACACAUCUUCAGCCUCCUCCUGGGCCAGCUCUUGUGCUACAGGUGGGGCGGAGCCAGCCCCACACCUUCCUGGUUCCCUGAGGAUCCUCAGGGUGGAGGACAGGUUUGGCCCAGAAAGACUAGUCAGAGGCCUGAUGGUCCCAGGUGGCUCUGGAUAUACUUUGGAUAUGGAUUUAAAUGGUCCCUAAGAGCCGGGGGUAGGGGGCAGGAAAAGUGGGUUGUCUUUGCCCCUCAAAGUCCACCUACCUAGAAACCAAGCCCACAGGUCUUGGCCGUGACCCUGAUAAUAAAUGUGCCCUCUCAGAGGCACCAGCUCCUCCCUCCCCAGCCGGAGGCGUCAUCUCUCUUCUGUACCACUAGAAGGCGCUCUGAUACAGCUGGAGAGCAGGGCUCAAGGCUUUCGCCCCCUCCCCUCCCUAACCCCUAUCUUCAGCCUCCACCAGCCUGAAGGGCCUCCUAGGGGAUCCUCAGGCGGCCCCCCCCUCCCCCAGGGCACACCCUACUGUCCUUGUGCCUCACGGCCCCUCAUCCUGCACCCCUUCCAUCCCACCUUCCCUUUCAAUAAACAGCUGGGAUGGA